UUUGACUACUUGAAGAUGAAAACACCGUCCAUCCAAAACGACUUUUCAUACUAUCGCCGAACGCUGAGUCGAGGGAAACUUGCGAGUGAAACUGGCUUGAGGACCGACAUGAUUGAAGAUGAAUUGGUAAUUCGAAUUUUCUUAUUCUAUGCAUACCCGACACCAACGAAAACUGUUACGGAUGUAACCGUCCUAUUUGCUAAGAAUAACCCUGACAGAAGUAUAUUGGAAUGUUUGUCGUUGUUGGCUGCUGGAUGUAUCGAACGACCUCUACAGCUGACACUUCAACGUCAACUCUAUUUUGUCGUCCAAUACCCGACCAAUGUUAGUGAAGUGAUGGCGAUACACAUGAUACCACUAUCACGACAAGACGACGGCGGAAUAGAGAAAGAGAGCCCACAGAAGAGCUUAUCGCUGCCAAACCGACCAACCCGUUCGCACGAAGCCGCAUCAAGACCUACAAAGAAAACUAAGACGAGCACCGAAAAUUUAAAGUUUGGCGACGCUUCCGACACAUCCUUCCUAUAUUGCGUAACGGUGACGGUACCCCUACAAAGAAAAAGAGACAUGGUUAGCAUACACUUCAACGCCAUAUAA